AUGAAGAUCACCUUGGGGUUUAAGGGCUGCCGGAGUUGGAAAGUGUACUGGGAGAGGGCCACCGAGAGUCUGCAGGGAGGCAGCGCCGCCGCUCUCCGGCUCCCGCUGCGGCUCCCGCUCCCCAGCAGGAGCGUCUCCAGUUCGAAGAGGGGCCGUGGCUCGCCGCUCUCGCUCUCCCUCCCUCUAUGUAUCUCCGCCCGAAGCAGAGCACACCCGGACUGCGCCCGGCCCAACCCCAGCAGUCGCUCGGGCGCCAGGCAGCCGGCCCUGCGCGCUGCUAUGGAGCAGACUUACGGAGAAGUGAACCAACUGGGCGGUGUUUUCGUCAAUGGGAGACCUCUGCCCAAUGCGAUCCGGCUUCGGAUUGUGGAACUGGCCCAGCUCGGCAUCCGACCGUGCGAUAUCAGCAGACAGCUCCGAGUGUCUCACGGCUGUGUGAGUAAAAUCCUGGCAAGGUACAACGAGACUGGCUCUAUCCUCCCGGGAGCGAUCGGAGGGAGCAAGCCCCGAGUCACCACUCCGAACGUGGUGAAGCACAUCAGGGACUACAAACAAGGGGAUCCGGGCAUCUUCGCCUGGGAAAUUAGGGACAGACUCCUGGCCGAUGGGGUCUGCGACAAAUACAACGUGCCUUCAGUCAGUUCCAUCAGCAGGAUCUUGAGGAAUAAAAUUGGGAAUUUGUCCCAGCCCAAUCCUUAUGAAGCCACCAAACAACCUCCUCCACAACCGGCACUGCCUUACAAUCACAUUUACCAGUACCCUUACCCCAAUCCCAUGUCACCCACUGGGACCAAGAUGGGGAACCAUCCCGGAGUUCCUGUGUCUGCGGGACACGUCAGUAUCCCCAGAUCCUGGCCUUCCGCUCACUCUGUCAGCAACAUCUUGGGCAUUCGAACUUUUAUGGAGCAAACAGGGGCCCUGUCGGGGACCGAGGGCUCUGCCUACUCCCCCAAAAUGGAAGACUGGGCCGGUGUGAAUAGGACGGGGUUCCCGGCUACACAGGCAGUGAACGGAAUUGAUAAAGCGGUUAUGGAAGCUGACAUCAAAUACCCACAGCCCACUCCAAGUCUUUCUACUGUGGGCAGCUUCCUUCCAGCCUGUGCCUAUCCCUCCUCCAACCAGCACGGAGUUUACGGCGGGCCCGGAGGCGGCUAUCUCACUCCCGGCCAUCCCUGGCCAGCGCAGGGCAGUCCCUUGGCUCACCACGGACCCGGUGUGACAGUGCACGGGGGAGAUCUCGCCACAGCCAUGGCGUUCAAACACCCCAGCAGAGAAGUGGCAGAUCGAAAGCCUUCCAGUCCAGUCGGCAAACCCCAAGACACCCUUAAUAGCCUACAUGGACUGUCUAUCCCGGCUUCGUCUUCUUAGGGAGGAGCAGCCGCUUCCCGAAGCCUGAGAGAACUGAGAAGCGAUGGGACCUGUGAGAGGGGAGGGAAGCAUGGCUGUGAAGAUCAGGUGGGAAGAGGCACCUGCAAAAACUGAAAGCGCUUUUUAAGCGUUCUAGGAGAAUACUUCGAUGCAGGGGGCAACUUUGGGGAGGGAGGAAGAUUGGAAUGGAAACGAACUGAGAUCCGUUCCCUGCCCUGAGAAAUCCUAGGUUAUCCCGCAAAAGUCAACGUCAAACUGCCUGGGAAAGAGCUAAGAAAACAGCAACCUGCUGUCCACCGAAAAGAUUUGCUUUCCAACGCAUCCCUGACUAUGCCCGCUCCUCUUUUUUCCCCCCAAGUCAGGGAAAGGAAAGUUUGAAUUUAUCACUUUUUCUUUUAUUUCUUGUCCGUUUUCACUUUUUCGUAGUUUACUGGAUUAUUUAACUUUGCCAGAUUUUUUUUUUCUUCUGGAUUCUACGUAUUUCUCUUCCUCAUUGUCCUGUCCACAUUGUCUUUUUAUCCUUCUUCCCUCCUCUCCCGGGUCUCUUUCGUAUUUUGUUUCUCCUCUUUCUUUUUUCUCCUUUCCCCCUCUUUUGCUGGUCUUUCCCCUCCUUAAUUUUCUCCAUCUCCAUGUUUUCUCUAGACCUUACUUUUGCUUAGAGCCGAAAAAAUAACCUUAGAGUUCACCUAAUGAUUAGAUUCCAAAUCCAAUCUUCUCAUUUUAUGGAUGAAGGCGCCUAGGCCUAGAUUCUACUCUCUUCCAUCUCCCUUUUUGGAUUUCCUCUUGCAUUUCUUACUCUUAGCUUUCUCUCCAUAAGUGGGUAAGUGCCUAAAUCCGAGGACCUUCUUUAUCACUAAGCACAAGCCUUAGAAAUGAUCAUUCAACCUAUCUUUUGGAUUCUUAAUCUCCACCUUCCUUUGGACUUCCCAGACGCCAGCAUCUGCUCAAAUUGCUUUCUCAGUCUCACUGUUGACCAAAGAAUCAGUUCCCCAGGUCUCCAUUCUUCCCUGCCCUCGAAGACCAAGUUGCUGCAAAGCCUGCAUUGCCAGACGUCCCCAAAAAGAACUAUGAUGAUUGCCUCACUGCCUAAGGAAAUGGACAAAAAAGUCACAGCAUUUUAUUUUAUAUUUUUAUAACAUGAAUAAAAAAUCCAAUGAAACUGCUGCUUUUUCAACCCUGGGUAUAUUUUCUAGGAAUCCAUGUAAUACUUGCCUUCCUAGAGUUUCCUAUUUCUGCUCCUUAUUCAGUAAUUUCACCUGAAAGGAAACUGAAAGAGGACCCAAAGAAAAGACAUCUUUUCUACCAGAACAUUUUGUAGCUAUAAUAGCU